AUGAUGACUUUCACGGCUGUCUUGCCACCACGUACCUACCAUUGUCGCUCUGUCAACUACCGUCGCUCUCCCGUGCAUCCUUUCCCAACUCCCUAUGACAACGGCACUACCACCCUCAAGUUCAUUUGUGACGUCCGAGAAGGUUCCGUUCUGCUAGCGGUUACUGACCUAAGCCGCUGCUUCAUUGCCUGUAAUAGCGCGGGUGGCAACAUGGCGCACCAUGACCACAAUGUUUGA